AUGCCCAAAAUACCUACAGACAAGUCGCCAUCGACCUCGUCUGAUGCUCGACGCAACUCCAUGAAUACACCUCUGAGCAUAACAUGCGCUCCAUGUCGAGCUAAGAAGAUCAAAUGCGAUAGUAACAAGCCUACAUGCUUGAACUGUGCGAAGGCACCGUCGGAAUGCUUCUAUCCUCCGAAGUUGAAGCCUGGCUUGAGGCCAGGGACCGGUCUGGAGAUGAUCAAACGUGUCGAGCUCUUGGAAGAAAGGAUAGAGACGUAUGAAGCCCGUCUGGCAGAACAAGAGAAUCGUCUUGCUCAACUUCAAUCAGCUAGUGGCCCAUCAUUCUCAUACGAUACGACGCAAACGCCCCUCAACGACCCUUUCCUCCAAUCUUCCCAUUCAAACACAUUCAACCCUCUAGCUGCGGCUGGUGGGGCCAUCGCCCCAGCUCAGACGAAUCUGAACUCCCUUCCUACCAAUAUAUCCAAUCCCUCGGUCCAAUCUCUUCCAUUCAAUACAGACCCAAGUCCUACAAAUGGAUUCGAUCCAACGAGUUUGAAUAUCUCGGCUUCUCCCGGAGUCAACAUGGCUUCGCCCUCCUCAUUCCUCGAUCCACAUAUCUUACCCGCAGAUGAUAUCGUCAGGGAUCUCUUGACAUUAUAUUUCACACAUAUACAUCCCUGGGCACCGAUAUUAUCACCUAUUAUGCCGGAGUUCAAACCGCCUUGGACGAUCGUACAUCACGCUAUCGUGGUGCUUGCAUUACGUCUAUCGACAGAUCCCAGAUUAGCAAGUACGAAAGAUCUAAUCAAGAAAAGGGCCAAACAGCACGUGUUGGCUCAUGCAGUUGAAUCAACUUCGAUAUCGUCAGUCCAAGCUCUAGCGUUGUUAGCUUUAGACUUGAUAGGUUCAGAACAGGGACCAAGUAGUUGGGGGAUAUUGGCUUUACUUACGAGAUCUGCUGUGCACCUCGGCUUAUCAAAGGAGGAAGAAGCUCCCUCGUGGGGUGGAGUGGCACCUCUACCUGCGUUAAGUAGGACAAUCAUCAUUCCACCUCCAACGAGUUGGCACGAAGAUGAAUCGAGAAGGAGAUUGUUCUGGCUCAUAUUCUGCUUGGAUAGAUAUGCUUGUGUAGCGACUGGAUGGGAUUUCGCUCUACCGGAUUCAGAUAUAAAGAGGAGAUUACCAUCUUCUGAUGCAGUGUGGGCGAGGUCGGAUUGGCACCAAAGUCCUCCCUUCCGUUCAAUAUUCCAGAGAGAAACCCUAUAUUUCGAUUUAGAUGAUGUGAGCCCUAUGGCUUAUCUGGUCGAAGCGCUCGACUUGCUUGGUAGAGCACAUACCCUACAGAGUCAGAUGUUGGAACCUGGAGAUGCGCGUGCGAUGAGCAACAGGAAAGAUAAGACCCUGCAGUUGACGGCUGCCACAAAGAGGUGGUUCGCUAAUGCACCGCUGGAAAGGAUCGAUCAGCCUGGAAUGAGGUUGAUGAUUCAAGCGGCAUAUUAUGCAACACUACUCAAGCUGAAUGGGAAUCAUGCUUAUCCCGCUCAUGGCGAGCCUGAAGAACCGUACGUAUCGACAUGUCUCGACUCAGCAAAAGCCAUGGCGAAUCUUGCGAGUACCGCGAGAGCGCUUGGGUGGAUGACGACGUCUAGUCCGUUGUUUAUUUGGGGAUGCUGGGUGGCGGCAAGAGUGAUAUUUGUGCAUGCCUAUCUAAAUCACCAGACUCAGCCAGACGAGAACUUCAAUACCAUCCUAGCGGCUUUGAAAGAACAAGCCUUAUAUUGGAGUCUAGCUAACCAAUACGUCAAACUUCUCGAACGAGCCAAACGUAAAUGGCAAAAAUCGUUAUCUGGUGGGGGUCCUUCAGCGAGUCUACCAGAUGCGAUUCACGUUUUACUCGAUUUCCACCGAACGGCAUAUAGCGCAGUCCAUCAGAAUCAAAUGCAGGAGACACCUCAUGUCACACCGCCUGAGCACGACUUGGCCCAUUUACCCGUGUGGGCCGUACAACCUGGUUUGGGAGAUUUGUAUUCUUGGUUCGACCUGCCUGCGGGACUGUUCCAGGCUGAUACGGGAUUGUGA